UCAGUUUCCUCUCCAUCGUCAGACCGUGUGCAGGCUUUGGACGGUCUGAGUCACCGUCACACCCUCACCUGUCAGGAUGUUCAUGCAUUUGGAGGUUUUCUAUUACAUUUUCAUUCUCGUGGCUCACAUGAGGUCGUACUGCUGCUGGUCAGUGAAUAAUUUCCUGAUGACUGGACCCAAGGCGUACCUGAUCUACUCCAGCAGUGUGGCAGCAGGAGCUCAGAGUGGCAUAGAGGAGUGCAAAUACCAGUUUGCAUGGGACCGCUGGAACUGCCCAGAGAGAGCUCUGCAGCUGUCCACCCACAGCAGCCUGCGCAGCGCAAAUCGGGAGACAGCGUUUGUCCAUGCCAUCAGCUCGGCCGGAGUCAUGUACACUUUGACCAGGAACUGCAGCCUCGGAGACUUUGACAACUGUGGCUGCGACGACAGCAGGAACGGACAACGAGGCGGUCAUGGUUGGCUCUGGGGCGGCUGCAGUGACAACGUUGGCUUUGGCGAGGCCAUCUCCAAACAGUUUGUGGACGCGUUGGAGACUGGGCAGGACUCACGGGCAGCGAUGAAUCUCCAUAACAACGAGGCCGGGCGCAAGGCUGUGAAGGGGACCAUGCAGAAGACAUGUAAGUGUCACGGGGUGUCGGGAAGCUGCACCACCCAGACCUGCUGGCUGCAGCUGCCGGAGUUCAGGGAGGUGGGGAACUACCUGAAGGAGAAGUACCACAGGGCUCUGAAGGUGGAUCUCCUCCGAGGAGCCGGGAACAGCGCGGCCAGCCGAGGGGCCGUCGCAGAGACCUUCAGCUCCAUCUCUCGAAAGGAGCUGGUCCACCUCGAAGACUCCCCCGAUUACUGCCUGGAAAACCGCACUUUGGGCUUGGCGGGCACAGAGGGCCGCGAGUGCCUCAAGAAGGGCAAGAACUUGAGCAAGUGGGAGAAGCGCAGCUGCAAGAGGCUCUGCGGAGAGUGCGGUCUGGCUGUGGAGGAACGCAAAGCAGAGAUGGUGUCAAGCUGUAAUUGCAAAUUCCACUGGUGUUGCGCAGUGAAGUGUGAGCAGUGCAGAAAGACAGUGACUAAAUACUUCUGUGUGAAGAGAGGAGGUCAGAGGGGAAGGAACGAGAGUGCCGGGAGCCGCCGGAAGAACCUCAGACUGAGGAAGAAGCACUGAGCACCCUUAUCACUUGUGUCAUAAUAUGUGUGUCACUGCAGACUCUCUGUGCAUGUUCAGAUAGUGUGUGUUUGGACAAAAGCUUAGCAAAAAAUACAAUUUCAGACCAUC